CUUUGAUUCGAGGGGUUGUCAGUUUUAAACAAUAAACAUCACAGUAAUUUCAGUUAUCAGAUGCGGACUAUCAGUUAUCUGACACGCACAAUUUAAGAACAAAAAUUACAAUGGCGCCGAUUAGCAACCACAAAAACUAUUAUCUACGUUCCUCCUGCAUCUUUGUCGUCCUCUGGAUGUGCGUUCUUCGGCCGGUGACUGCAGCAGCCGUCUCUGAGAAUCAAAGUUCACAAAGUUAUCUGGUGGAUUCCAAUGGCGGUUUAAGUCACGAACGACUGCAGCAAUUACUUAGAGAAGCUGGAACUGGCGAAGUGAGUUGGCCCCAACGAGCUAAACAGGAAGUAAUUGACGUUCAAUCGGAAAUCUCUAAAUUAAACACGACCUAUGUCUACCAAAGCAACUGGCCAGCAAAUAACGUUAAAUUGGGAGCCGUUACUGCCGUCAGCUUUGACAAGGCCGGCAAUGUGGUUAUCUUCCAUAGAGUAGAUCGCAUUUGGGGCCAGAGAACAUUUAACGAAAGCAAUUACUAUACAGAGACUUAUAAGGGCCCUAUCAGAGAGAAUGUUGUGUUGGGUUUGGAGAGCGCGACCGGCAAAGUAAUCUAUGAGUGGGGCAAAAAUUUCUUCUAUAUGCCUCAUGGGUUGACCGUGGAUCCGGAGGAUAAUGUUUGGGUAACUGAUGUAGCUAUGCAUCAGGUCUUCAAGUUUGCAGCUCGCGGUGCCGGAAACAAACCGCUACUAACGCUUGGCAGUGCUUUUCAGCCGGGUACUAGAUCAAAAUUCUGUAAGCCCACUUCUGUGGCGGUGCUAGACAAUGGCGAUUUUUUUGUGGCGGAUGGUUACUGCAAUGCUCGGAUUUUGAAGUACUCCAAAUCGGGUGAAUUAAUUCUAACUUGGGGAAAGAAUGCCUUUUCCGGUGUUUCCUACGAUGUAGCGCCGCAAAAUUAUUUCGCUAUACCGCAUGCACUCACACUGGUGCCGGAGUUGGAAUUGCUGUGUGUGGCAGAUCGAGAGAAUGGGCGCGUCCAGUGUUUCUACUCGAGCAAUGGAACUUUUCACUCACAAUACCACAACCGAGUUAUAGGCGAUCGUCUGUUCAGCAUGGCCUAUACACCAGCUGCGGGUGGCGAGCUAGUUAUUGUCAAUGGACCCACCGCAGAAAUGGGCGCCAAUCCAGAACAUUAUAAUGAGGUCCUUGGCUUUGUUAUGGAUAUGCGCAGCAAAAAGUUAGAUUCCAAAUUCGGGCCAAACAAUUUGCAGUUUGAUAAUCCACACGAUGUGGCUGUGACGACUGACGGCAAUGUGAUUUAUGUGGCCGAACUAAAUCCAACGCGUAUCCACAAGUUCGUGCAUAAAUCCUUAGCUAAGCCCAUAUCUCUGUCUGUACCGGCAGUUGACAAAUUGUCUGAUUCACUGAAAACUGUGGCUGCUGAGAACGAAGACAGCGCUUCAACGAAGUCCCAUAAACAUCCGAGUGGCACAGCCAUAUUGGUUGCUUCCCUCAUGCUGCUCUUUGCCACGUCUACGUUUAUGUUGGCGCUGAUCAUGGCACGUCGACGCAGGCGAGGUAAUCAAGCUAUAACUACCACCCCGCCAAGUGAUUUAGUUUACCGUAGGCUUGCUGCCUCUAAUCAAAGUUGCCUGCCGUUUGGAACACAUAAUCGACGACACCAUGCCUGGGAGAAGCCUGAGGGCUUUAAAUUGGGCGGUCUGCUGGACCGCGGUGGCUUUGAAAAGCUUGACCAGAAUGCCAGUGACGAUGAACAGGAGACAACCACACUGUCAAGCGCGCAGUUUGCUUAACCACGUGCUUACGGAGCGCGACUCUCUACAGGACCAAGACUUAUAUAAGACGAACUUAAACAUUCCUAGCUCUAAUGACCCAUACCUCAGCGAAUUUAAUCAGUUCUUUAUGUUCGGGCUCAACUCAAUUUUGAUGUACCUAUACAAACUGUGCUGUACGUUUUAACCAUUUAGUUAAUGUCUUUUUAAAAUAUGACUGCU